AUUGGUAAAUAUUAAACUAACUUAGAUUUACCGAAGAAGCGUUCACCUCUACUUGACCUUCCACAAUACUACACUAUAUGUAUUAUAUUUAGUAUAGAGUCGCAGAAAUAUACAUUGUACCCGAUAGAUCAACUUAGACAUUCGGAAACUCCAAUUAUACCUUUUUACGUAAUACACCAAUGAAACAUAACGAGAAACCUAUAUAAGGUAGAUCCACAAGAAAAUCAGUGCGGCAUCCACCAACACAAGAACAGAAUGCGGGUCGCCCUUGUCGUUCUGGUUCUCGCCUCUAUGGCGGGAAGUUUAUUAGCAGCAGGGUAUGGAAAAGGUUAUGGCGGAUAUAGUGGUGGCUAUGGGGGUGUAUACAGCAACGGUGGUGGUAAUUAUGGUUACGGCGGUGGUAACUAUGGUUACGGGGGCGGAAACGCUGGAUACGGUGGUUAUGGCGGUAAAGGCUAUAGUGGUUAUGGUGGUAAGGGGUAUGGUGGUUAUGGCGGUUACAGUUAUGGCGGCUACGGUGGCCAAGGGUAUAGUGGUUAUGGUGGUCAGAGCUAUGGUGGUUACGGCGGUCAUGGAAAGGGAAUGGGAUAUAAUAAUCUAGCAACUUAUAUCCCUACCCCAGUGGAAGUUCCAAUCCAGUAUAAUUUCCAACAACCGAAUUCUGUGAAUUAUAACUGGCUGUGGGUUGGUUUAGGAGUUCUUGGUCUGGCUCUGGCUAUCCGGAACGAUUGAAAUAUCAAAAUUUCCGUUCUUUCUUCAAUGUAUAUAGGAACUUGUCAAUAUGCUGUGAUACGUCUGGUCGUCAACUACCAAAGCCCCCGUUACUUUUAUUUAUUAUAAUAUUAAACAGAUUGCAAAUGGU